AAGCAACGGUCUCUGUCCGAAGGUCUUCGGGAGGGAGGUGCGUAAUUACGAGUUGCUUUCCGACUGAGGCCGGGGGGCCAUGAUGGAGAUGGCGGCGGAGAAGGAGCCGUUCCUGGUGCCCGCCCCGCCGCCCCUCAAGGCGGAGCGGCGGCCUGGAGGAGGGGCCCCCCCUCCUCCCCCUCCCCCUCCCCCUCCCCGUGAGGAGCCCCCCCCCCAACCGGCCCGGCCCGCCCCGGAGGGCCCGAGGAGGACGGUGACCGUGAUGGAGGAGGACGAGGAGGAGGAGGAGGAGGAGGAAGAGCGGCAGAGGCGGCCCCGAGGGGGGAGCGCCGAGCUGGGGCCCCCCCCGCGACCCCGCAAUGGCUUCCAGCCCCAGAGACCCCCCGGGGGCAAGAGGAGGAACAGCUGCAACGCGGGGGGGGGCUUCAAGCACCCCUCCUUCAAGCGGCGCCGGCGGGUGAAUUCGGACUGCGACCCCGUGCUGCCGUCCAACUUCCUGCUGGGGGGCAACAUCUUCGACCCCCUGAACCUCAACAGCCUCCUGGACGAGGAGGUGAGCCGGGCGCUCAACGCCGAGACCCCCAAGUCGUCCCCGCUGCCGGCCAAGGGGCGCGACCCCGUGGAGAUCCUCAUCCCCCGGGACAUCACCGACCCGCUCAGCCUCAACGCGGGCACCGACGAGGCCCAGGUGGUCCGCGCCUCGCCCCUCAAGGCGGGCCGCAAGCGGCACCGACACCGCGGGCAGCACCACCAGCAGCAGCAGCAGCAGCAGGCGGCCGAGCCCCCAUCGUCGUCGUCCUCGUCCUCGUCGUCCUCGUCGUCCUCGUCCUCCUCGGCGCCGCCCCCGCCCCCUCCCGCCCCGUCCCCGCAGGGGGAGGCCGCCCCCGCGCCCCGGCGGCCCCAGGGGCGGGAAGCCCCCCAGCCCUACGAACUGAACACCGCCAUCAACUGCAGGGACGAGGUGGUGUCCCCGCUGCCGCCCGCCCCGCGGGACCCCCCGGGGACCCCCGCGGCCGCCCCCCAGGCCUCCGUCCCCCCGGCCCCCUCCUCCCGGCACCGCAAGCGCCGCAGGACUUCCAGCAAGUCGGAGGCGGGGGCCCGGGCGGCCCAGGCCCCCAGGGAGAAGGGCCGGGGCGGCGGGGGGCGGCCCCCGCCGCCGCCGGCCGGCUUCAAGAAGCGGCAGGGCAAGUUCCAGUACGGGAACUACUGCAAGUACUACGGUUACCGCAACCCCGGCUGCGAGGACGGCCGGCUGCGCGUGCUGCGGCCCGAGUGGUUCCGCGGCCGGGACGUGCUGGACCUGGGCUGCAACGUGGGCCACCUGACCCUGAGCAUCGCCUGCAAGUGGGCCCCCGCCCGCGUGGUCGGCCUGGACAUCGACCCCCGCCUCAUCCACUCGGCCCGCCAGAACAUCCGCCACUACAUGUCCCGGGACCUGCGGCUGCCCGAGGCGGCCCCGGGCGAGCCUGGCCCCCCGACGGCCGAGCCCGCCCCCGCCCGCAAGCGGAGCUGCUUCCCGGCCUCGCUGACCGCCAGCCGGGGGCCCAUCGCCGCGCCCCACGUGCCCCUGGACGGGGCCGACGCCUCCGUCUUCCCCAACAACGUGGUCUUCGUCACGGGCAACUACGUGCUGGAGCGGGACGAGCUGGUGGAGGCGCAGACCCCCGAGUACGACGUGGUGCUGUGCCUCAGCCUCACCAAGUGGGUCCACCUCAACUGGGGGGACGAGGGGCUGAAGCGCAUGUUCCGCCGCAUCUACCGCCACCUGCGGCCCGGGGGCAUCCUGGUCCUGGAGCCCCAGCCCUGGUCGUCCUACGGCAAGAGGAAGUCCCUCACCGAGACCAUCUACAAGAACUACUACCGGAUCCAGCUGAAGCCGGAGCUGUUCAGCUCUUACCUGACGUCCCCCGAGGUGGGCUUCUCCACGUACGAGCAGGUGGCCACGCCCCACAACUCCUCCAAAGGCUUCCAGCGCCCCGUGUACCUGUUCCACAAGGGCCACUGAGCCCCGGCCUUCCCGUCCGCAGCCACCCCGCCACGCUGAGGACUCCGGGCGGUUUUCUCGGGACGCCCCCUGCCCCUGCCCCUCCCUGCCCGGAGGCUGGCAGAGACCCUCUCGCCCCUCGUCCCCCGAUCUCCCCCUCCUCCCAGCCUCUGGCAGGGGCCAGAGUAGGAUGGGACGGGGUGGGUUUGGCCAGAGUCUCUUUUAGGAUCUAUUCUGGGUUUCCGCCCUCCCCCCCCGUCCCCUCCCUCCCCCUGGCAAGAGAGUUCCCCUUCCUCCGGCCUCCGUCGCCCCCCUGGCUCCUCUGUCCCGGCUGGGGGCAGGGACGCUGGCCACGUUUCAGUGGACCGCGGAGGAGCUACAUGCUGCAUGCCCCCUCCCCACCUCCUCAGGGCACGGGGCACGGGCCCUCAGGGGCACGGGGUCCGGGGGCCUGCCCGUGUCGGACUGUGGCACAAUAAAUCCGAUGUUGCAGGGAGGCGGUCCCCUCUGGCA